GAAACGCCUUUGCUCGAUGCUUCGCUCAUCGAUCGCCAUCUUGUUAUCCAGUCCUUGAUACCAGCAGAGAAUCGAUGUGUUUUUUAUUCGGUUUCGAUUCUACAAUCAUAAAACUUAAAGCGGUAAAUUGAUCACUAAUCGAAAAUCGAUAUGAAGAAAACAUCGUCCUUGGUUUGGCGAUUUUUUGAUCGCCUGGAAGAGAAUAAAAGAUGUGUAGCAGUGUUGUGCAAAUUAUGUGAUACACAAUAUAAGUACUUUGGGAAUACAACUAAUCUACGAACACAUUUAGUGAAUAAACAUCCAAUACAGUGGGAUUUAGUACAAAAUGGAACGUUAGAAGAGUCGACAUUCCGUGCAUUUGAUGACGAUGAUAACACAACACAAUCUACAAUCGCACCGAAAAGGAAGAAAUACGUAAAGAGCUACAAAGAUGAAAACGUACGUUAUUCUGUAUCCGUUGAUCUUAAAAACAGACGAGAUAGCCCAAAUGUCCUCGCAGAAGAUUCAAUGCCAAUUAUCGAAAUACAACGGGUGGAUGUACUUGAAAAUUCAGAAACAGAUAAUGAGAUUCAUCACGAUGCCAAUGAGGAACCAAUCAAUAUAGUUCGUCAGAUGCAUGGCAGUCGGAACUCUGAUGAAGAAUGGCUUAAUGAUGAGCUUUAUGAAACAAUUGAAUCAUAUGAACCAAAGCGUAAACGGACGAAAUAUAGAACUAUCAAAAGAGAAGUUCAGACACCACCUCCAAAUGUACCAAAGUAUGUUGUGCGAAACACAAACACCUAUAAAAAACCAGAGCGAAUUAUCAUUGAUGGAAGUCAGAGAAAGGACGAGUACAGUGUUUUUGGAGAGUAUGUUGCAAAUAAGUUAAGGAAAUUAAAAAAUAGCCAGGCUCGGGGAAAUGUUCAACAAUUAAUCACAACAAUAUUGUGGCAGUCAGAGUAUGGAUUGUAUGACAACAUGGAUACCGUUAAAAGAGUUCUUUUACAUUCCGUUCAAGAAAUGGAGGUUGUCCACAACAGCGUGGAACAGAUUAUUGUACAAGAUCAUGACAUAGAGUCACCCAAUAAGGAUGUGACAAAUUAAACCAAAGAAAACAUUUGAAUAUAUCAUAAUUAUCAUGUAAAAAUUAUUAUUUCCAAUGAAUUGUUUAUUCUAAUAAACAUUUUUGAAUUG